UUUCUCCUUACCUCCAUCUUGCUCACUCGCUCCCCAAAUAGACGUUGUUAGAGCAGCACCCCCCUCCCCAGAGCAAUGGUACUCCGUGUGGAGCUGGUCCUGGUUCUCCACACCCUGAUAACCUUCCUGAGUCCCCAGGGAGUAUGGGCCAUCAAGGCUGACCACAUGGGCUCCUAUGGACCGGCCUUCUACCAGUCUUACGAUGCUUCUGGACAGUUCACACACGAAUUUGAUGGGGAACAAAUUUUCUCUGUGGACCUGAAGACCAGGGAGGUCGUGUGGCGUCUGCCUGAGUUUGGGGACUUCCUAUAUUCAGACUUUCAGAGUGGGCUGGCCAGCAUUGCCAUGAUUGCAGCUCAUCUGGACAUCUUGGUGGAACGCUCCAACCGAACCAGAGCCAUCAGUGUGCCUCCCAGGGUGACCGUACUCCCCAAGUCUCGCGUGGAGCUGGGAAAGCCCAACGUCCUCAUCUGCAUCGUGGAAGAUAUCUUUCCCCCUGUGAUCAGCAUCACCUGGCUGCGCAACAACCAGCCGGUCACUAAGGGAGUGACCCAGACCAGCUUUUACUCCCAGCCUAACCACAGGUUCCGGAAGUUCCUCUACCUGACCUUCGUGCCCUCAGCCGAGGAUGCCUACGAUUGCAGGGUGCAGCACUGGGGCCUGGACGCACCGCUCCUCCAGCACUGGGAGCCCCAGGUGCUUACCCCACCCCCAGACACCACAGAGACGCUGGUCUGGGGCCUGGGCCUGGCCAUCGGCUUUGUGGGCUUCCUUCUGGGCUCCGUUCUCAUCAUCACAGGUACGUGCCUGCCCAGUAUCCCCAGGCGCAGAAGCGGGGGAGUCCCACAUGGCAGCCACUGUCCCCUGUGCUCAGCCCGCAUGGUGGCCACUGUCCCCUAUGCUCAGCCCACAUGGCAGCCACUGUCCCCUGUGCUCAGCCCGCGUGGUGGCCACUGUCCCCUGUGCUCAGCCCACGUGGUGGCCACUGUCCCCUGUGCUCAGCCGGCGUGA